GAGAGAGCUAAAGAGAGAGUGGAGGCACACGGAGCACAGAGCAUGUCGCCUCCUGUUGCUGUAGCUCACUGUGGGAUCUGCUGUCGACCUUUCAGGCUGUGCACAACGCAGAGAGCUUUAUUUACGCGUACUCUUGCUAUGAGCGACCCCGAGGGUUGUCGGAGUGAAGCAGCUCUGCGUCUGCGCUGAUUCCGGAGUCGGGGGAAAAACCGGGCUGGUCUUUGCGGGGAUUUCUUUAUUUUUUUUUGACACAACUUGGAAGUGAAGUCGCUUGUUUGGUCCGUUCGGAGCUGCUAGCAGAGAGAGAGAGAGAGAGAGAGAAGUGUGAAACAAGUGUCAAAAAGAGAGCAACAGAUGGAAAUGCGGCCGGCUGAGGAAUGAGAGCAGCAGCGAGGAACCGGCGGCCCUUCCAGCGGUUCUGCUGCUGUGGAGUCGGGCUGCUCGCUGUCAUUUGGCUCACUCAGGUCAUCCAAGCACCAGAGGCGAAGUCUUCUGGGUUUCAGCCAGGCGUGAACGAUGGGACGCUGCGGUGGACUCGCAGGCUGAUGCAGGAGACGUCAGAAAACCAGAGCCUGGAUCAGCCCAGAGCAGCCAUCCACGAGUUUCCAGAGGACAUUUUCACCAAGGAGCAGAGAAAGAAGGGAGCUGUGUUACUGCAUGUACUAUGUGCCAUCUACAUGUUCUACGCUCUGGCCAUCGUUUGUGACGACUACUUUGUCCCCUCCCUCGAGAAAAUAUCUGAGAACCUGCAGCUCAGUGAAGAUGUGGCCGGGGCGACAUUUAUGGCUGCAGGAAGCUCUGCUCCAGAGCUUUUCACCUCUCUCAUUGGUGUCUUCAUCACUAAAGGGGACGUCGGAGUUGGUACCAUCGUGGGCUCAGCUGUCUUUAACAUCCUGGUCAUCAUCGGCCUGAGUGGGAUCUUUGCUGGACAGACGGUGGUUCUGACAUGGUGGUCCCUUUUCAGAGACUCCUCCUACUACAUCCUCUCUGUGUUGGCUCUCAUCAUGGUUAUCUAUGAUGCCAUAGUUGUCUGGUGGGAGGCCUUGCUCCUCAUGACCAUGUAUGGAAUCUAUAUCAUCAUCAUGAAGUUCAACUCCCGGAUAAGGUCGUUUGUGAUGCGUCAGCUCAGGAGCUCCAGACCGUGCUGCCACGGGUCAGAGGGUCACCGAGACGACAAGAUGGGAGAGGAUGCCUCCGCCUGCAACACCUCCAUGGUGCUCAUCAACAAAGGCCAAGCUAAUGGUCAGGAUCCUCCUCCGGUCAUCAUGGUAGAUGAGCUUCUCAUUCUCAACCCCCACAAGUUGUCGUUUUCUGAGGCCGGCCUGCGCAUCAUGAUCACCCCUCACUUCUCCCCCCGCACCAGACUCUCCAUGGCAGGACGCGUGCUCAUCAGCGAGAGACAGAGGUUGCUCCAGAGGUCAAAGAGCCAGCAGGACGGCGAAGCCAGCGCCGGGUCGACCAGCAACAGCCUGAAGAGGACGGGCUCCUGCAGCCUGGAGAACGGAGGCAGAGGACACGGGAUGGGAGACACAGAGUCAGGAGACAAACCUGGGGUUGGGGAAAGCCAGGCAGAGGAAGAGGAUGAUGACGAAGAUGGUAUUUUCAGCCCAGUGCGUAUACCAGGAAGCUGCUGUGCGCGUGUGAGGUGGGUGAUCACAUGGCCUCUCGGUCUCCUGCUCUACUGCACUGUGCCUAACUGUAUUCUGCCCCGCUGGCACCGCUGGUUCAUGGUCACCUUUGCUGCCUCCACCCUGUGGAUCGCCAUCUUCUCCUACCUCAUGGUGUGGAUGGUCACCAUUAUCAGCUAUACACUUGACAUCCCCGACUACAUCAUGGGCAUAACCUUCCUGGCUGCAGGGACCAGCGUGCCAGACUGCAUGGCAAGUCUGAUUGUAGCUCGACAAGGCAUGGGGGACAUGGCAGUUUCUAACUCCAUAGGCAGCAAUAUCUUUGACAUCCUGCUGGGUUUAGGGUUCCCCUGGGCUUUGCGUAUCCUUGUGGUGGACCACGGAUCCACAGUCUCGAUAAAUAACAAGGGCCUGGUGUAUUCUGUCAUCCUGCUGCUGGCUUCUGUAUUUCUGACUGUGACGAGUGUUCAUCUGAACCACUGGAAGCUGGAUCGCCGGCUGGGUCUGGGUCUCUUGUUUCUCUAUGCCAUCUUCCUGCUCUGCUCCAUCUUCUUCGGGCAGAUGUGAAGCCUUCGUCACAGUUCAACCCUAGUCACAUCAGUACCCACUUUUUUGUUUAACAAGUCCUCUUUCAUGAAGCCUAAAGAAUAGAGUGACACCAGUGUGCUGCUGUACACGACCACACGCCAAGUCUUUUAUCAAUAGCACGUUUUUUCCCUCCAUUCCAUACAGGGCCGUGUUAGAAGCAGCACUUCAAAGUAUUCAAUUGGUUGACUGCUAUAAGAUAAAAUGACAAGGCAGAUAGAAGUGACAUCAACAACAUAAAUAUGACUUUUAAAAAAAUAAUCUAGCUGGUCUUCAUUAGCUCGAUUGUUUCAGAGAUGAUAUUGAAAUGGCCCUCUAGUAAUAAUUGUAAACUGUAAUUUAUUUCACUUUUAAUGCAAUAACCACGUUGGAUUAAAUUAUUCUUUCAGUUUUAUUCGAUUAUGUUGGAUAGGAUUUUUUUUUCUGCCCAAAGCUCCAGUUAGUUAGCUCACCAGCAAAGUAGCUAGCACGCUACAGAUCUCAACCGCUUGUGCUUCAUAAUUUUUUCAAUAAACGAUAAAGCAAUAAGCCAAUAUAGGUUUUGACAUACAGGGGUUCUGUACUUUAAAAUGUCUAAAAGCAAACACACUCCCUAUUUCCUGUUCACAAACAUUGAUUAUGCACAUCAGAUGUCCUCUUAAUAAACCAUGCAGUGAGAAUGAGUGAGGGAUGAAAGAGCUGCAGGGGCAGGAAGCAGCGAAAACACAGACGCAACUUCUUUUUUCUUUUUCUUUUGAAAGCAGCUGCAAGCAGAGCAAAGUAAUAACGGGACCUCUUUCUUGUUGAUUCCAUUAACAACCUGCAAACACCUGAACCAACCUGCACCUUGUGUCCACAGCGUCAUUAUCAGUUUGUUAGGAGUGGACCGGUGUUGUUUGUUUCUGGAAACACUCGCUGCGCAGCACAGCAUGCACAGGCUGCAGACAGUAGCAGGUAUUACUUUCAGCAAGGGGACAUUAGUGUUAAAAAAAAAGAGAAGAGAUAACCACCAUGUUACAGAAUAAAGGAAAUAAACUUCAGAAUGGGAUUAAGUCACGGACCAGACAGAAUGUUCUGUUCAUCAGAUUUAGCAAAUUAAUAAUGGAUUUGUGAAUUUUGUAAAUAUUUAUAUGUAAUUUACUUGUUACCAUGGUUUCAGAGGCCAAUUUUAAAAUAAAAACAUGGAACUGGUUAAGACAAAUCUUUACUCUGCCAUGUCAUGCUUUGGCCUGUUGUUAGAUUAUAAACACUGUCUGUUGGCCUUACGUGUAUUUGAAUGUACAUCCCAGCUGACCUAGCGUCAGUGUGGAGAUAUUUACAUGCAUUCAAAUGUUGCAGGCAGCACUGAAAUACAGCGAUAAGUGAGCUGCUGUAGGACACUGUGUGUGUGUGUGUGUGUGUGUGUGUGUCAGAAGACUUUUAGACUACACUGAUAAGAAAAUGCACAUGGUGAUUCUGUUUUGAUGAUUUUGCCUCACAGUUUAUGAGCAAGUAUUGGUACAGCUAAUGUACGUAAAGAGAUUAACUAGUGUUACAGUAUUUUUAGAGAACUUCUAACUAUGAAAUCUAAUAUAUAUCAUGUUCUUCUUUGAGUGUCACAUACUUUAAUGACUCCGAGUGCAGGUUUGUAGUAAUAGUUCACGUUUAGGUACGACAGUCGAUGUUUGUUUUGUUUCUUGUACGUUUUAUGGAACAAGUUUCCUUUGGUGGAAUAUUUUCUCUCUCUCUCUCUCAGAUCAGCAAAGAGCCAGCACGUUAUGUCCUCACAUGAACUGUAUCUGUGUGUCUGGUUUGGCAAAAUAUGCUGCUUUUCCAUCUAUACAUAUAUCUUCUUUUCUUCUGUCCGUACAUGAAAUUUAGAAAUGUGGACACUUUCAGACAACAGGAUGAAGUGAAGACUAAAUAUUCCACAAAAGGGCAAUAUUUUUGUUUUUUCAAAUGGCUGUAUAAUUAUCAUCAUUGUCGACUUGACAACAUUUUUUUUUACUGUUUGUAAGUGUUCAAUUUACAGUUUUACAAUAAUGAAUGUCUGAAAGAGACUCGUUUUGUGGUGUUUUGAUUCUUUUAGAAUAUACUUAACGUAUUGCCUUUCAGUGAAUAAUUGUAGCAGAAUGAAUGCAUCGUUUGUCAGAUUGUUCAGUGACAGCUGUAAUUGUGUGAGAGGAGCACAUCGUGUGCUACCAGUUUAACGCUAGUUGUGUCUUAAAAUCUUUUCAGCUCUAAGAUUUUCUUCUAUUUAAGUAUUGCUUCAUUGAAAAACUCAACCUGAUUUCAUGGAAGAGAACACGUGGACAAUGAAGCUCAAGUUUACAGUUUAAAACGAGUAAAAAAAAUGUUUUUCAGAAAGGCUAGAAUAUUUAAAUGCAGUCUUUUACUAGUGUUAUUUAGUUUUCACCUCAAACUUUCUGGGUUUGUUGAAAAUGAUCACCCUAUCUUACAUUUUCAAUCUUCUUCUAAUUUAUUUUGUCAUGAAUGUACAUAAUAGACAGAGUGCUGUUUCUGAUCAAAAGGUUCAUCAUUCUAUUUUAAUAAGCACUCAAUUGAAAACAUCUAAUCUUAAGACCUUUGCCAGUGUUUCAAGCACUUACACGCCUCACCAGAAAUGGUAAUCUGAAGUCAUCAUUCAGUAAGUGGAUGACUGGUGUAUUGUUAAAAAGUCAGGCCUAAAAAAUAGAAAAUGGGGAAAAUUAUCCAAUAAAUUCCUGUGCCCUAAAAAGAAAUGUAUCCAGGAUAAACUAGUUCAGUCGAAAAUCAUUAAACAGCCUUUCUUGAAAUCAACUAAUUCUUGAGUCCAAAUUCCAAAGUUAGAGCUUCUUAAAUGUGAGUCUGUGCCCGUCUUUCUUUCUGGGAUUGCUCAUGGAGCCGCUGUAUCCCUCUAGAAAUAAAGACGUCAUCACUUUUAACUGGCUGACGAAUCAAAUGGAAAUUAAUCAGAAAUUUAAAAAACAUUGUAAAAAACAUGUUUUUCCCUACUCUUAAUUUUGCAUUUUGUUUUGGCAUCCUUUAAGGUUCACCAUCACCAUCUUGAUCCAGUUAAACUUAACCAGCAUCUUAGUUUUGGAGAUGUGAUGAAUAUUGUGAUGCUAACAUGCUCUUUCACUCAGCUGUUGGAAGCCUCUGCUUAAAGCUCUUGUCAUUAAGAUGUAGAAAUAAUCUUAUUAUACUUGUCAUGAAUACAGCUGAUCUGCGGUACAUGUGUUUGCACAGUGGUCAAUGAAUGUUCUGUUUAUUCUGCUGUGAUGUUUGAGGUAGAAUGUUUUUAGAGUUUUAAAAUUUAUAUCUUAGAGCUCUUAUGGGAUCAUAGAAGACUGUUGUAUCUUGAGUCCAAUAAAAAAAACUGUGCAAUAACAA